AUGGAGCCCCAGUGGACUGCCUAUUCAGACACGCCCAGUGCCCGCUACUCGCACACGAUGCAAUCGCCGCCCCACGCCUCACGGGACCCGGCCGUGUCUUCGCAGAUGAAGCACGACUCGUAUGCUACCCCCUCCCGCCAGAACUCCAAUGCCGGCUCCGUUGCCCGCGGCCCCGACUACAACGACGGCGACGGCGACGUGCCCAUGGAGGACGCCUACAAGCCCCGCCUGAACAUGGCGCGCCCCGGCCAGCAGCAACAGCCACAGCCGCAGCAACCGCCGUCCCAGCAGCAACAACAACAACAGCAGCAGCAGCAGCAGCAGCAGCCGCCCCGGCACUCGCAGCAGUACAUGCAGCAGCACGAGGAGAGUGCCGCCGCGCGCAGGUAUUCGCCCAUGAACCUCUCGCCCACGUCGCCCUACUCGGCGAAUCCCCAGCAGGGCGGUCAGACCUACACCAGCUUCAAUCCCCAGGCCCAGCAACAGGCUCAGACCCAGACCAGCCGCCAGAGCCCCUCGCGAACCAAUCCCUACAUGUCGCCUCCCAGCAGCUACUACUCUCCACCAUCCUCGCGCCCUCAUGCGCCCCAGCUGCCGCCCAUCCAGUCCUCCAACAUGAGCCCCGAGAACUUUUACCCGCAGUCUGCGACCGUACAGCUCAAUGCUGUCUACAACAGAGAAGCCCGCUCGCCGCGCACUGCUUCUAAUGCUAAUUCCAACCCCCCGCCGCUGCCCAUGGGCCGCGGGCCUGUUCCCCGAUUCGAAAAGGUCACCAACACGGCCGACCUGCAGCCCAAGAUCAAUGCCCAGCCGCCGUUUCGUCGCGCCAAUCCAGAAGGAGGCUUCAUCAGUCCCCUGCAAGCGCUGACCGCCCAUUUGCCCAUGACGUACAAGUUGUGCAACGGCGGAUUCAACUACCAAUCCUCGCGCAAUCCUCGCCGUGUUCUCACCAAGCCCAGCAAAGGAGUCAAGAACGACGGUUACGACAACGAGGACAGCGAUUACAUUCUCUAUGUCAACGACAUCUUGGGAUCGGAAGAGUCUGGACACAAGAACCGCUACUUGAUUCUCGAUGUGCUGGGCCAGGGAACGUUUGGCCAGGUCGUCAAGUGCCAGAACUUGAAGACGCAGGAGGUGGUGGCGGUCAAGGUGAUCAAGAACCGCACAGCAUACUUCAAUCAGAGUAUGAUGGAAGUAUCUGUACUUGACUUGUUGAAUAAGCAGAUGGACAAGAACGAUGACCACCACCUGCUGAGGCUCAAGGAUACCUUUAUCCACAGGCAACAUCUGUGUCUUGUGUUUGAGCUCUUGAGCGUCAACCUCUAUGAAUUGAUCAAGCAGAACCAGUUCCGCGGACUGUCGACCACCCUGGUGCGCGUGUUUGCGCAGCAGCUCAUCAAUGGUUUGGCAUUGCUCGGAAAGGCCAAGCUCAUACAUUGCGACUUGAAGCCUGAGAACAUCCUGCUCAAGAACCUCGAAAGCCCGAUUAUCAAGAUUAUCGAUUUUGGUUCUGCGUGCGACGAACGCCAGACCGUAUACACGUACAUCCAGUCGCGAUUCUACCGGUCCCCAGAAGUCUUGCUCGGCCUGCCAUACUCUGCCGCCAUCGAUAUGUGGUCCCUGGGAUGUAUCGUUGUCGAACUCUUCCUCGGUCUGCCGCUUUUCCCCGGCUCCUCCGAAUACAACCAGGUUUCGAGAAUAACGGAGAUGCUUGGACUUCCGCCGCACUGGAUGCUGGAGAUGGGCAAGCAAUCGGGAGAGUUUUUUGAAAAGUCGCAGGACGAGUACGGCCGCAAGCAGUACCGGCUCAAGUCCAUGGAGCAGUAUUCGCGAGAACACGGAACAAAGGAACAGCCCAGCAAGAAGUACUUCUCCGCCACGACGCUGCCAGACAUUAUCAAAAACUACCCAAUGCCGCGGAAGAACAUGAAGUCGAAUGAGAUUGAGCGAGAAAUGAACAAUCGGGCUGCCUUUAUCGAUUUCGCCCAGGGACUGCUCAAUCUCAACCCUCUGGAACGCUGGACGCCUGCGCAAGCGAAACUUCAUCCGUUCAUCACACAGGCCAAGUUUACGGGGCCAUUUGUACCGCCAAUGACGCUCAAGUCUAGUUCGAGCCGAUCGCCAGCACCGGGUGUCCAGGAGCAACAGCGAUACGAGGGCAUGAGCAGACAGCGACAGCAGCAGCAGCAGCAAGCGGUCGCGCAGCAGCAACAAGCACAGGCUGCCCAACACGCCGCGUAUGCAAACAUGCAGAUGAACCAGUACGCCGCCGCACAGAACCCGCAAGCCCAGCAAAACCCGUACAACAUGUACGGGCCGAACCACCAAGGCGCACCGCCACCCUACCCCGCCCAGGCAGCGCAAUACAGUCAGCCCAUGAACAUGAUGCAGCCACAGCAGCCGCGGCAAUACAACCAGCCUCAGAACCUGUAUGCACAGGCCACGACCCGUGCUGGGCGCCAGCGAGCAACGACCAUGGAUCAGCAGCAGUCGGGACAAUCGGGCAUCCCGCCUGCGCUGCAGAGGGUCAUGAGUCAUUUGGAUCCCAAUGCGCCGGUGCGUCUGCAACCGUCGCCAGCAUACUACCCACCCCCUCCGGAUGGCGCUCCCGAAAGCGCAAGCAGUGCCAGGCGAAGAGGAUCUCGUGCAGGCAACUCGAACCGGAACCACAACUUUGUGCGGAACCUGGAAGACCGCACGCUCGAGGAAGGCUUUGUGGGCCAGAAUCAUUGGCAAUGA